AUGGCCCCCUGUCCCCAGUCUGCCCCCUGCCUGAUUGGCAGCCCCCUAGGCCUCAUAUGUUUGUCCCUUUUGCUCACCCCUGCUGCAGCUGGAACCUACUGUGAAUGCAGCCUUGGCCUCAGCCGUGAGGCCCUGAUUGCCCUGAUCGUCGUGCUGGCGGGUGUCAGCGCCACCUGCUUCUCCGCCCUUGUCAUUGUGGCAAUUGGUGUCAUGCGAGCCAAGGGUGAAACCAUAGGCCCGGAACACACGGACAACAGGUUGGUGGGGCAUUUCGGGGUCCAGGAAGAUCAAAUGGACCUGCGCACAGUGCACGUGGAGUCUCACCUCCUGGACCCUGACCUGGAGGUGUCUACAAUGCCGCCCCUGGAGGACCACAGCCUCGGGAAUAUCUCCAUGGAGGCUUCUCUAGAGGAGCCACCGCCUCCACUUCCACCCCUGCCACCCCUGCCACCUGAGGAGGGCUGA